AUGGACGACCCGGAGACCACGCCUACCGUGGAAGAUGGGGAAGAGGAAGAGGAAGAGGAAGUACUACUCGCAGAAGAUGACAGCAAGGACCCCGACAAGAAGGGGAUCGCACGCUCCUGCAACCUGUGCCGCCAGUCCCACACUGCCUGCGAAACGACGCGGCCCUGCAAGCGGUGCGUGCGGAUCGGGAAGGCGCAGCUGUGCGCCGACAUUCCCCUGCGCAAGCGCGGUCGGCCCAAGACCUCGCGCAAGGCGCCCGACGAUCCCGACAGGGCGGCCAGGGCCGGCCGGCCCACCUUCCUCCCCAUCGAACCCAAGCGCCCGAUCCCGCUACUCGUGGCCCACCCCGGGACCGCCACAGGCGCUCUUCACACAGCGCAGCCACCUCCACUGCCCAUCCCCGUGCUGCGUCCACUCGCCGCCGGCCCGCUGCUGGCCAUACGCCCGGGCCUGCAGCGCUUCACCACCACCGCCACCGCACAAGCGUCGACCAGGAGUAUGGGCAACUGCUGCGACUACCCGCGGACGACGCCCCACGGACCUAUCCCAAUCCGUUCGUCGGCCCAUCACCCCGGUUUCGUCUACCCGCGACUCAAGUGGUCGCAAGUGAUGGCCGACUACGAGCCCGAGCCCGAGAACGGCGCUGAGCUGGCAUCGGCGACGCGCAACAAGCGGCGGCGGACGGAGGAGGCUUGGCGUAGGCAGGGCGACGGCCUUGAGCCGCUGCAGCAUCAGCACUGGGACCGCGGUACUCACCACCCUCAGUGGGACGAGACCACCCGUCUGGCGAUGAUGAGUUCGUCGCUGCCCGCUCCGCGGCCGCCGCUGGACGAGGGCUGGCGGAUGCCACCGCGGCUGUGCACGCCCACGUCGCUCUUCGGCUUCUACUCGUCGGCGCCGUCGUGGAAGGACAUCUACCAGACCUUUCCCUUCCUCAACGAAUUCCAGCUUCCGAGCGACUUCGCCGUGGACGACCUCAGAAAACCGAUAGCGGUGGUAGCUAGGUCGACGGAGGGCUUUCCCCCCGUGAUGGUGUGGGUGAACAGAUCGUUCUGCACCAUUCACGGCUACUCCUACGCCGAGCUGCUGGGGGCGCCGAUCAUGAAGAUAUCAUUGAUGUUGACCUACCCCGAGAUAGCUCAGGGCCUCUUCAAUUUCCUCAAGACCCCCAAGUGCGUCCCUCUUGGGCCUGGCGGCACUCUUCAAUGGCCUAUACGGCUGCUGCUUCGGCAUCGACACAAGCAACUGCGAGCCAUCAUGAUGGAGUGCCGAGUGCAGUUCUGCUACGGCUCAGAUGGCUUUCCAAAAUACGGUAUAUACUGUGUGGAUCGGUGGAGGGAGGACGCACUGAAGGAGCAGGAGCUCGAGACGGAGAAGUGGAUCUUCUCGUUCCAGGAAGCUGCACAGCAGCAACGUUUGCUGGACUCGGUAAGCGAGCAGGCAGCUGUGGCACCACCCCUGCCAGAACAUUACAUUCCCUAA